AUGCCGACGUUCAACGGCUUCAUCAACGGCUACUCAUGGUCGGGCUAUGCCUUGCACUACACCAGCAUGGGCUGGCCUUUGGCCAGGUCAGGUGCAGCUUGCCUUGUGGGCUUCCUCAUACGACCUCUCUUUCAGCAGAUUCAGAUCCGUUUGGGCUUCUGGGUCAUUAUUCCAUUGAGUUUGCUACAUUUGAUUGGGGCGAUUUUGGGGCUGAUCUACACGACUCAGGAGUGGGCUGUGAGCCUGGAGAUGGGCAGCUGGAUCGCCUUCGAGGCGGCCAUCACCAUCGAGGGCUUGGCCUUCGACGUCUUCGGGAAGUCGGAACUCCUGGCAAGGCAGGCCUCAUCCACUCUGUUAGCCGUCUUCACCUUUGCGUGUGCCCUAGGCGUGACGAUCGGCGGGAUCCUCUACGAUUUCGCUGGCUGGCAGGGCAUGUCCAUUUUCCAUGUCUUUUGUCAGGCUUCGCUGGUCUUCCUGUUUGCUUCUCAACCUUCAUGCCGGCAAUCUUUUGGAGAGUUCUUCGGCCACCAGGAGCUUGAAGAUCCGGACGAUGAACUCUUUCAGCGUUGCGAACCCACUUCCGUCGUCCCGGUGGAACCCCGCCGAGAUCCUGCCACCGAUUUGGUCGUUGAAGACAUGGAACUUCCAGGCACCGUUCGACCCGCGGAAGCCGCGGGCGCGCGAACGGACCAGACCCACGCCAGCGGCGUCUCAGCUGGCCGAACCAGCGGCAUGUCGAAGGGUCGGCAAAGUGGCAAGUCGAACGACUCUGUACCGCGGCAGAGCGGGAAAUCCGGCGUCUCGGCUCGUAGCCGGCGAAGCGGCCAGUCUGAGCAGACGGGGCAAACGGCUUUGACAGCCAAGACUCCACAGAGUCAGGCCACUGGCAGGAGCGCCAAAUCCAAUCAGAGUCAUGUCAGCAUCCCUGGUUGGCAUAUGUGGCCGGUGCGCGCUUCCGUGGCCUCCCAGGCGUCCCGCUUGACGCGGCGCACCCUGAAGACCGAGGGACCCGGAACGGGCUCGCACCGGAGCAAGAGCACGAAGAGCUCGUCGAUGACCAAAGGCACCUUCCUUUCACGUAUCACUGCCUUGACCAACCUCAAAGACUCGGAGAACUUCCAGCACGGUUUCAUGGCGAACAACGCGUUGCGACCCACAGUGGCCACACGAUUAGGUGAUCAAGACCACCAUUUUCAGGUGGAUGGGACUGAGAGUGAGGGCUCGACCAAGUCUACCAAAGGCAUUCCAAAGGAUUUGCGGCUCCCAGCGUUCUUGGUGGUGCUGUGCUGCUUCAACAACAACCUCAGCUAUGUUUUUGAGUUCAGCACCUUUGCAGUGUUUUUCAAAGAGUACCAUGGCUGGGACGCAGCCAUGUGGGCGAGCUUCGCCCAGACUGCAGGAGACUUGACCGCAGCCAUCAUGAUGAAAGCGCUGGGUGCUGCGACGGAUGAUGAUGAAGAAGCAGGAGUCUUGCGUCGGCUCAUGAAACAGCCCUACAGCUUAUCCUGCUUGGUUUUUCUUUGGAUCCUUUGCAACCUGGGCAUGACCAGCCCUUGGUUGCCAUUGGCAGUGACAGCGCAGGUGAUCAUGGGGACAGUGUACGUCUACACCUCCAAGCUCACGACUGACCUGAAUCUCUUCUACUCCCUCGGCGACCAAUCCGUCUUCCUUUCCCUUCAGGUCUAUUGCAAGAACGUGGAAGCCAUGGGUGGGUGUCUGGCCAGCUUUCUAGGGCCCCUCCUCUUCGAAACGGUCUCGCCCUUCUUCCCCUUCUUCGUGAGCACCGCCUUGUCGACCGUGACCUUCAUCCUCUUCACCUCAGGCUUCUGCCAGCGCCUGGGUUUCCCACCCGACAUCGAAGUGGCUGAGGUCCAGCGUUCGCGGCGUUUGGGCCUGCGCCGAGUCAGUGCGUGGAGCGUGGUCAGCCGGAAGACUUUGGCGAUUGGAGCGGAGAAGGAGGAGCCGGGGAACAUGGGAGCGGUGGUGUGGGAGGCGAGGCGCCAUGGGGGCGGAGUAGAAUAG